UUCCUAGAAGGUUAGGAUAAAUAUUACCUGGCGCUUAUGUGUGGGAAACCUGGCGGGCUUCUCUCACGACUGCCUUGCCAUCACCUUGCCAUCAGACCAGCAUUAGGUAGCGUCUCAACCUCACGGAUGGCUCCUGUCUAAACUGACUGUUGGACUGUAUGCAGCUUUCUUUCGCAACUAUGCAAAAUACUUGUCUCGUCUGCGACACUCCAGCUAACACCGCUGCGCCAAAUGCGCACAUCGCCCAAGACUGGCCCAUGCACAAAGCAUAUUGCAAGCGAGUCCGUGCCGCCACCAACACCUUUGACGCUAUUCUCUUUGGCGUCAAUGAAAUUCAAACCUCGGCCUGGACGCUGGCAGAUGCUGGAAAGAGAGCCAUGGCUCGGUGGCAAAGAUUGUUGUCCCUAUUUUUUCUAUGUUGGGACGUUCGGGAACUUCUUGAUCAACGGGUCCCCGAUCAACCGCUGCAUUCAGAGUGUCACCAAGGCAAAGCCCCGCACCCUUGGGCAGGAAACGUUCUAGCCCUUAGGUCGGAGGGAUUGCGCUCGCUGGAUUGGUACAACGACGCAAUUAUAGAGGAGGACUUGGCGCCGUUGGUUCGGUUUUUCGAGGAUUAUGGGAAAGAGGAUAAUCCGAGUGUCCGCGUCAACAACGCGGUCGGCUCAAAGAAAAGGGAAAAUGCUCAAGUUGCUACUGAUAUUGAUACCGCCAGUGCGAGCGUGACAACCGAACCUAGCACAGCUGAUCUCAAGCCUUUUGCCUUCGUCUUAUUUGUUUUCCUAUUUUUUAUGGACCAUGCUCGUUUAAAUGGCUCAAUAAUACUUAGAAAAUAUUAACCGACAGAGGGCUUUUGGGACAAGCAUCUAUUUUGUGUCUGAUAUAUGGCAUGAAUGAAGGAAAUUGAAAAAAGUGAUAGACGAGG